AUGGCCGCCGCCUCCCUCAGCCGUGGUGGGUGCCGCCGCCACCUCACCCUUGGUGCUCGCCAUCUCCCUAGCCGCCAUCUCCCUCACGGCGCCAAGCCCAUGGCUUUCCUGGUGCUCGCCUCUCCCAACCGUUCCUAUCUCCAGCGCUGGCUGCCAUCUCCUCCACGAGGUGUCUUCUCCGUCGCCGCUCCCUGCGUGAUUCCCUUGGCCGGCGUCCUCGACUACUCAGCCAUGGAGGUCGCUACCCCUUCUUUUCCUCAUCUCCCUCCAUCGGUUCUGAGCUCGGCGCCCCUGCUCCCUGCUCCCUGCUCCUGUCCCUCCCAUGGAUGUCGCCCCCUCCCUCAGCUCACUCCCUCUAGCUGCCAUGGAGCUCGCCCCUGCCCAAGUCCGGUUGCCUCUGUUUCCCCCUAUCUCUGUUGGCGGCUGGCGUCCCAUCUCCCGUGCGUUGGACGGCCGCCGCUUGGUUCUCAUCGCUGGCAUUUGUCCCUGCUCCAGCUAGUUCUCAUGGCCAUGCCCCUGUUCCCUAGGUCUGAGCUCGCCCAACUCCCUAGCCAUGUCUGCUCGCCCCUCUCUAUCUCUCUGCGAGCAGCAGCAUGCCGGAGAAGACCUAUGUCCUCGACGCGCGCCAGGUGUUUGAUGGGAGGUUUGAACUGGAGUUCAUCAUUAUUUUCGCUAUUUGUGGGCUUCUCUAGUUAUUAUGCAACUCGUAGGAAGUGGGACAGGGCAAUGGUUCUCGGGGGCGUGGUUUACACGGCUGUGCCGUUCUACAAGAGGGUGUUGAUGGUCGAAGAUAACAAGAUGAGCUAG